UCUGGUGUUUACUGGUGAUAUCUCAUGCUGGGCAGUUAUGCUUUGCUUCUAGGGGCUUUUCGUUUUAAAACAAAGAAAGCUCUUUUCAUUUUCUGUGUGCUGCAUGUUCCAGUGUAUGUGUUUACACCAUUAGUUCUUCUACCUCUAGAGAUUAGCAUAACUCCCUUUGCUGUUGGAUUGUUGUUUUGAGCAAUAUGUUUUGGAAAGGUUGGUUUUCAUCAUGAGUGCACGCAAAUCAUCAGAAGCGUCUGCUUGCUCCUCUUCAGAAGUAUCUGUGAAAGAGUUUCUAGCCAAAGCCAAAGAAGACUUCUUAAAAAAAUGGGAAAAUCCUACUCCGAGUAAUGCUGGGCUCGAGGAUUUUGAAAGGAAAAAAACCCUUGGAACUGGUUCAUUUGGAAGAGUCAUGUUGGUGAAACAUAAAGCCACUGAACAGUAUUAUGCCAUGAAGAUCUUAGAUAAGCAGAAGGUUGUUAAACUGAAGCAAAUAGAGCAUACUCUGAAUGAGAAAAGAAUAUUACAGGCAGUGAAUUUUCCUUUUCUUGUUCGACUGGAAUAUUCUUUUAAGGAUAAUUCUAAUUUAUACAUGGUUAUGGAAUAUGUCCCUGGGGGUGAAAUGUUUUCACACCUAAGAAGAAUUGGAAGGUUCAGUGAACCCCAUGCACGGUUCUAUGCAGCUCAGAUAGUCCUAACAUUUGAGUACCUCCAUUCACUAGACCUCAUCUACAGGGAUCUAAAACCUGAAAAUCUCUUAAUUGAUCAUCAAGGUUAUAUCCAGGUCACAGACUUUGGAUUUGCCAAAAGAGUUAAAGGAAGAACUUGGACAUUAUGUGGAACUCCAGAAUAUUUGGCUCCAGAAAUAAUCCUCAGCAAGGGCUACAAUAAGGCGGUGGAUUGGUGGGCCUUAGGAGUGUUAAUCUAUGAAAUGGCAGCUGGCUACCCUCCAUUCUUUGCAGACCAACCUAUUCAGAUUUAUGAAAAGAUUGUUUCUGGAAAGGUCCGAUUCCCAUCUCACUUCAGUUCAGAUCUAAAGGAUCUUCUAAGGAACCUACUCCAGGUGGAUUUGACCAAGCGGUUUGGAAAUCUAAAGAAUGGUGUGAGUGAUAUAAAAACUCACAAGUGGUUUGCCACAACAGAUUGGAUUGCUAUUUAUCAGAGGAAGGUUGAAGCUCCAUUCAUACCAAAGUUCAGAGGCUCUGGAGAUACCAGCAACUUUGAUGACUACGAAGAAGAAGAUAUCCGUGUCUCUAUAACAGAAAAAUGUUCAAAAGAAUUUUCUGAAUUUUAAAGAGAAGCAACCAAAUGGCAUCAGAGCUCACACUCAAUCUUUGCAGUCUGUUGAGAGAUAAGGUGGAGCUGAGACUGUCCUGUGCUGAAGCAGUUGCAUAGUUCCUUCAUUCCAACGACUAAGUGAGGUCUUUAUUACCAUCAUCUGUGUGUGCGCUCUGCAUCCACCUGUGUAACAAGGCACUGCUAAGCAAGCAUUGUCUGUGUCAUAACACAGUACUAGACCACCUUCCUAUGCCUUCUUUGGUUUGUCUUUCUUCUCCCCUCUUACAUCCAUUUCUUCCUUUUCAUUUUCAUUCAUUUUUCUCCACACAGUGCUCCAUUUUAUUUUGUGGGUAUUUCAAAUGGGUAGUGUAAAAGUUAUGAGAUGUUUGAAGGGAAGAAUGUAUUGCUUUUAGUAGUUCUUGCCAAUAUUUUUGUUGGUCAGUGGCUUGAGGACAUAGUUUCUAAUAAUUAUUUUAACUUUGAGUAACUCAGACUCACUUUUGCCAAGACUUUUGACAGAUUUUGAAGACAGGAUGUCUUAUCACUAAGGAAAUUUAUACAAAUUGAUUUAAAAUAACUUUCUUUAUACUCAUCUUACACCAGAUAGACCCAGAAAUUUAGAUUUCUAGAGAUUAGAGGUUCUCUUUCCUUUCACCUCUUCUUGUAUCAUCCUCUCCUGAGUAAUUAAGUGACCAGCCUGUGCAAUGUGACAAACAUGUCUCAUUCAGCAGGAAAAGUUGAUAUGGAUCACCAUCCAGAUUCUGUCACUCCAUACCAGCAUAUGUGUAGGUAUUAGAGAAGAGUUCCAAGCUUUCUGAACCUUAACACUUCCAUAAGGGUUUUAACCAGUAUUUUAAUAGAACGCGACCAUUGAAAGUGACAAAUUUUAAAAUUUCUAAAAUAGUCUUCAUUGUAAACUUUUUAAAGAAAAAGAAACUAAACAAGAACAUUAGUUUGGAGAAAUACUUUGCUAAAUCAAACAAAUGGCUUGAUUCUUGCAAACAACACGGGCACACUCCUAUUUAAACAAAAGUUUUUUUGUGUGUUGUGUUUUGCUUUGUUUCGUAACAUUUACAAACAGAAGUUGUUGCCAGGUGUUUACUCGUGUGUACUGUAUUUGUAAGCCUGCCUUGGGGGCCCUGUUGUAGCUUCUGCUUGCAUCAGGUGUCUCAUCAAUGGAGAAUGGGGACAAAGUUUAUAAAGCUGCCACAUUGUAUUUUAAUUUUGAGGGGUGGUAUUUUUAGUUUUGUCAUUAUAUCUAACCGCUUCUCUCAGUAAACAGAAUGUAUGAUCAUGCAGAUACAAUUUUAGUAUUUGAGUUUAGUUAUUUUUUACACUUUUUUGCCAACUGACUUAACAAUAUUUCUGUCAUGUGGAAAUUUCAAGUACUUUUGUACAUUUAGUUCAGUGUUUGUGAGAAUCCAUGGCUUAAUUCAUUUUUCUCACCAUUUUUUUCCUUUGCUUUUAAAUUUUCCCUUCUGGUUUUAUCUCUGUGUCUCAGUGACCUAUCUUAAAACAGCACAUCAAAAUAGUUUAAAAUAAACUGGGUUCAUUUUUUUAAGAUCAAUUUACAUGCAUAAAAAAUGAAUUGUUUUUAAUCAAACUGGUCUUAAUGUAUAUAACCAUUAUAUUUACUUCAUUAUCAGUGCCGGCAGUUCACUGUCACUACUUCCUUAUCAUCUGUACCACACCUUAUAAAAACCUUUGAAGACAUUGAAAAAUCCUGUCUGAGAUGUUUUCUCCACCAAUCUGUAGCUCUUUUGGUUGUCAAGUGUUUCUGCACGGUAAUGUCACACAAAGGCUGAAGCUGAUUUCAGUUGGUUGACCUGUAUUUUAAACAUGCAAGAAAAAUAGUAAAUCCUUUGCUAUAACGAGUUUUAUGUAACAAAGAUAUAUCAUCAUGUUAAUAAAUUUAAAACAUCAUUUGUAUAAAAUGUUGUGAUUAACCUUUUUUGUAUUUCAUUUAGACCCAAGAACAUGCUGAUUGUUGUAUUCUAUAUGUAUGCUAUAAAUUCUAUGGUAGCUUUGUGUAUUUUAUUGUAAAAUUAGUUUAAUAAGUCAUGAGGAUGACAAUUUGAUUAUUAAAUUUUAGUCUUCAGUAAUUGAAAAUUCAUUUCUAUGGAUUCAAAAAAAAAUUUUUUCUAUAAAAUCACUAGUGCCCAGCGUAACUUGCUGUAUAACCUAUCAAGGUAACAAGGUAAUUCGACUCCAAGUAUCCUGAUGUGAGAAUUGACCCCUUGGCAUAUAUCAGUUUUGAGGGGUAUUCAGCCAUUCCAUUUGCUCUCUAUUUAAAGGACAUAAGCAAGCUUUUAGAUAUGCCAAGGAGUCUAUUUCUGAUGAAUCAAGUACACCAAAUUAGAAUAUUUUAAAAGUAUAUAAAACUUAUAAUUUCAGCCACAGUUUGGCCAAGAGCAUUGGUAAAGACUUGAAUAAAAAAAUAAGUGGCAUGAAUCAGUAUUUAAUCUCAGAUUACAUUAUUUGAAACAGAAGAAAUUAUGUUUUAAUUCAGUAAAUAUAAUAAGGAGACUGCAUUGUAGAGGAAGGAGCCCUAUACUGAAAGUCAAGACAUCUGAGUUUCAGGUCUGGUCUGUCACUAGCAGUAUGACCUUGCUGGCAGGUCUCUUGUCUGAAAACGGAGAGGUUAGAUCACGCAGGUUCUAAGGUACCUUCUGGCUUUCACGUGUUAUAACAAGAUCCUUUUGUAUUCGACUCAUGUUUUGAAGGGAUAACAUGCUUUGAAGUGAGGCUUGGUAAGGCAAUAUUUUAGGACAUCUUUCUUCUCUUUAUCACAGACAGUGUUCUGACAGUUCUUUGAAUUUCAUAAGAACCUCCAUUUCUGACCUAAUUCCUUUCUCUUUCACUAAUGCUAAAUACCCAAUCAAUAUCAAACUGUCAGCCUACCAAAAAAGAUACUGUGGCUUGUGGGUAUUGCUGUCUUGUUUUUGGUAUGUUCUUGUAUUGACUGCCCAUUGGCCUGAAAAUACUCAUUGUAAGCCUGAAAAAAAGAAAAUCACUUUUCUUUCCCACUGAUUAUUUUUUUCUGCUUGUUGUAAGAAUCAAACAAAAUAAUGUAUGUGAAAGCACCUUGUAAACUGUAACCUAUCAGUGUAAAAUGUUAAGGUGUGUUGUUAUUUCAUUAAUUAUUUCUUUGUUUAGAAUGGAAUUUCCUGUGCACUACUGUAGCUAGGAAAUGCUGAAAACAACUGUGUUUUUUAGUUAAUCAAUAACUGCAAAAUUAAAUAUCUUCAAAGGA